UUGUUCAGGGAAUUUGCUCGUAGAUUUGAGGAAAUAUCGUUGGAAUUGGAUAUUAGGAAAAAAGUGACGAUUGGAAAAGUUGUACCUCCAAGACCAAAAGUCAAGAAAAUUGAAGAAUUUCCAGCUUUGGACAAUGAAGCUCUCUCUGCGAUUGAGAACGUUUGGUUUGGCAGUGAUCCUCUAGAGAAAAGGUUUGGAGAGGGAAUUACAAGGAAGGAUUUGCUUACGCUGCGCGGUCUUGAAUGGUUGAAUGAUGAAGUAAUAAAUACUUAUUUGGGACUGGUUUGUGAACGUGCAAGACAAGAUACCACUCUGCCCAAGGUUUAUGCUUUUACCACUUUUUUCUAUACAAAUCUAGCACAGCAUGGGUAUAACAAGGUGAAGCGGUGGACAAAAAAAGUUGACAUAUUUUCUUAUGACAUACUGCUGGUGCCAGUUCAUCUUGGAGCGCACUGGUGUUUGGCGGUCAUUGAUCUCAAACUAAAAUUCAUUCACUACUACGACUCGCUUGGUGGUUCAAACGACCAUUGUUUAGAUCUGCUAAAGUCAUAUCUAAAUGAAGAGUCCAUAGAUAAAAGAAAAAAGUCAUUUGAAGUGACAGAUUGGGAGUUCCGAAACGCAGUGGAUAUACCCCUUCAAAUGAAUGGAAGCGACUGUGGAAUGUUCACCUGCAAAUUUGCGGAGUUUGCAGCUCGUCGAGCCAAAGUAGUUUUUGGUCAAAAAGACAUGCCUUAUUACAGGAAGCGCAUGGUUUACGAAAUAUGCAGAAAAAGGCUGUUGUGA